GAGUUUCGUGAGGAGGAGGAAGCGGAAGUGCGUCAGGAGCGAGUUCCGGACGGCCUUUCGUUCUCACGAGUGCACCACGCGCGUCUCAAUUCCCGAGUCAGCCUAGGACCGUUGUAGACGCCAUGGCCAAAAUCAAAGCCCGCGAUUUACGAGGGAAGAAGAAGGAAGAGCUGUUGAAGCAGCUAGAUGACCUCAAGGUGGAACUCUCUCAGCUGCGGGUCGCCAAGGUGACGGGUGGAGCAGCAUCCAAACUCUCAAAGAUCUGGGUGGUUCGCAAAUCGAUUGCCAGAGUGCUGACAGUCAUUAACCAGACCCAGAAGGAAAACCUCAGGAAGUUCUACAAAGGCAAGAAAUACAAGCCUCUAGACCUGCGGCCUAAGAAGACACGUGCCAUGCGGCGCAGGCUGAACAAGCAUGAAGAGGGUAUGAAGACCAAAAAGCAGCAGCGAAAAGAACGUCUGUACCCGCCUCGGAAAUAUGCUGUGAAGGCCUGAGCCCGAACUGCAGCAUUCUGAUCCUCUGGCCAGCAUGUUCCUAUUAAAGGUGUUUGGGCUGUUAAAA